AUGAUCGUGUUAUACUCCACUUUAGACCCUCGGCUAAAGGCACUGCCCUUGGGGGUGAAGCAGAAGAACAUCUUGGCCACGUGCAACUAUGUCGCUCGCAAGCAAGGGGUCAAGAAGCUCAUGCUCAUCACGGAAGCCAAGCGGCUCUGCCCGAAUCUCGUCAUCAUCGAGGGCGAGGACCUGACGCCCUUUCGGGAUACGAGCAAGAAGCUUUUCGGCUUCAUGAGGGGCUACUCGUGGAACCGCAAGGCGGAGAGGUUGGGAUUUGAUGAAGUUUUCAUGGACGUCACGGAUAUCAUCAAUUACAACAUGUUUUGCCUCAACCGGGCCUCGCUGUCAGAGUCAUUCUUCCACCUUUCCAAGAAGGAUCCCGAAAAGGGGUUCCUAUGUGACUUGACCACAGUUGCGGGCUGCGUAUAUGGAAAGACAUCCGACACAGGAGACCUCGACAACUCUGCCUACGUGCGCCUGCUUCUGGCGAGCCACCUGGCCUUCCACCUGCGCAUGAAGCUCGAGGAAGACUUUGGCUUCACGGCCUCGGUCGGCGUAUCCACAAACAAGCUGCUCAGCAAGCUCGUGGGUAGCGUGAACAAGCCGCGUAACCAGACGACGCUAAUGUCUUUCGACGAUGCCGUCAUCACCAAGUUCAUGGACGCGCACUCUGUCAGAAAAGUCCCCGGCAUCGGCUCCAAGACGUCGCGCGCACUGGAGGAGAAGUACCUCGCGACGCCCCUGGGACCCGACGACGCCGACAGGGAGACAUCACCACUUAAAGUCUACGACGUGCGCACCCACGAGCAGACUUCGCCUGACGCGCUGGAGAAGCUGCUCGGUGGUCCUGGUUCUGAACGGGGUAUCGGGGAGAGAGUAUGGGGCCUCUUACACGGGGUCGACGACACGGAGGUGAAGGACGCGAGCGAUGUGCCGUCACAGAUUAGCAUCGAGGACACGUACAAGGGGUUGGAGAGCAUGAGUCAGAUUGAAGGCGAGCUACGCAAGAUAUCUGCUUCUCUCAUCCGGCGGAUGCGGACCGAUCUCCUGACAGACGGAAGCAGCAACGACUCGAUCGAGCCGGGUAGUCAGAGAUGGAUUGCGCACCCGAAGACAUUGAGACUCUCGAUUCGGCAAUGGCCUUCUUCUGAUGCGCCGCCGGGGACGUCGUGGCAUUCACACCCGGACUUCCAACGUAUUUCCCGAUCCCAACCUAUUCCUAACUUUAUCUUUAACACAAAGGAGACACCCGAUUCCCUGGCGGAACGACUGACGACGGAGAUCUUGCUUCCCACGAUGAAGAAAUUCUUUCCGGCUGGUCAUAAGUGGAAUCUGCAGCUAAUGAAUGUCUGCGUCGCGAAUUUGGCCGCCAGUGGUAGUGAGGCCGGACCAGGUGUGGGCCGGGAUAUAUCUGUCAUGUUCCGCAAGCAGGAUGACGUUCUCCGACAGUGGAAGAUUGACACGACCAUCGUGGAAGACGAUGACGGCGGUGGUGGUAGUGUUGAUGAUGCUCAACUCCAGUCAAUCUCAGAUGACGAGGUUGAAGAGAUGGAGGUGGAAGAGUUUGAUGAUGACGGCGGAUCAUGGGCAGGCGACGAAAUUGCGGCACGGUGUCCGUUGUGCGGCCAUUCCAUACCGCCGUUUGCCCUCGCUGCCCAUGCGAGAUUCCACGACUUUGAGGACUGA